UUAAAUACUCUGUGUGUUUUUAACGAAUGAGACUGUCCUGUAAUCCUCUGACGUUCAUAGUGAAAAAAAACAUUUUUGUCAAAAAUAUAAAUUUUGAGGAAGUUUCAACAACAAGCUUACACAGAUAAAGAGUCUACAUUGGAAAUGGAUAUAAGUCCGGUAUCUGUAAAAACAUCAUCUUCAGUUACAAUUAUAGAAAAAGAAUGUUUUAUCUGUCGGGAAGGUGAUCAGGAAGAUCAAGAAGAAUUGCAGCAUUUUUGUGAUUGCAAAGGAUUAAUUGUGCAUCACCAGUGUUUGUUAACUUGGAUUCAAAAGGGAUCUGGUAAUGAAGAUAGACAGAAGUGCAAUGUGUGUACAGCUAAGUAUCUUCUUCAGGAUGAGUCGGUGUGGAAAAUUCUGGUUUGCCGAUGGAAGAGCCUGUUACUAUUUGUUCUAUUGACAGCUGCAAUAAUCUUAGUGCCUUUUUUUGUUUAUCAAAUGAAAACCUUGUCGCAUCCACCUCCUGAUGUACUAUUUUUAGCUGCUGUAAUAUGCUCGGGUACCAUUGCAGAGACCCUCCUUAUUAAGUAUAUUAUAUGGUACUGCAUCAGUCAGUACAACGAGGCCAAAAUGUCUUCCUAUUCCAUCAAACCAAAGACUAUAAAUCAACAUGGGGAUAGAGGUCUGCAGUGUCCAGCUGGUCAGACAUCAACAGCUGUGGUAAACAUGACAGAACAAGAAAACCAAAAUGGAGUCCUACAAAGUGGCACUAAUUAUAUGAAGCUUUCUGUAUGAUUCAAGGCAAAAGCCAUGCUCGGGAAAUACCGGGGGCAGAGUUAAAAACAGAUUGACUCUUAGUGACUCAUUUAGCUCCUGGACAGGACAUUAUUUUUCCCUGCUGGCAAUUUGGCAUCACAUUACCAGGGCGCACACGAGGCUCAGUAGCUUAAAAUAAUUAUAUGGAGAAAUCCCCAACACUGCUUACCAUCCAAUUUUUUUUUCUUUUGUGUGGAUAUGUGAUGAACAAAUUGCAUUUUCCAUUAUGAAAAAUUAAAUCAUUGGAUUUAUCUCCAUUUUAAGCAUGGAAACUGGACACCAUUCAAAUUUACUGUAGCUAAUAGCCUGCUAGCUGUGUAAAGCCUGAAUGGGUGUCCGUACAGUAUCUGUCCGCUUGUCCUAGUUUAGCAAAAACAAAGCACUUUAGCAUAUUGUUAAAGAUUAAUUUCAAUGUACGUUAUCACAAAAAUGCAACAGUUUUACAAGGAAUGUAUCUAGUAAACAAUGGUUUGUGAGUUGAUGGCUGGUUUGCAAACACGAUGAGGUCGAAAGCUGCAAGUGCUGAAACUUCACAAAGGAUUUCUCUUAACGCUGUUAUAUCGACCUAAAUUUCACAAAACCAUUGUAAACUUACUGUAAAUCUCUGUUUAGUGAUUAUUUUUUAUUGCAAAUGAAAAGUGACAGGAUUAUUCACAAAAGUGUGAAUUCUAUGUGAUUCAAAGUGAAUUUCAGGUUUAGGUUAAAGAAGCUGACCUGAAAACAGUUGAUUUGGAGAAUUUUACAGGUUGCCUACUUUUCAAUAGAUCACAAUUUAGUGAAUAACCCCGUUAAUGUGUCACAUUCAUAUUCUUAGAAAGAUGUGAUGGGGGGGAAAAAAGCUCAAUUCAAAAUGGGAACUGGAGUCAUUUAGAUAUUGAUAAAUCUGAGAUAUGUGGAGAAUUACAAAGAGAGAUGGGAAUUAUAAGCCAAAAUAGGAGAACUUGCAAACCCGCUGAUUUGUAGAAUGUGUUUUUGGCCAUAAUUUGCAAUAUCCUUGCCGAUUCUCAACAAAUUUCCAGUAUAACGGAAAACCUCAGAUUGUUUUAAAUGUUUAAUAUUACAGAAACAUUAUUAAUAUAUGUUUAUAGUAUGUAUUGACAUAAUCUGCUUUAAACACAUUUAAUAUAGAUUAUGAACUAUAUAUGUCAGUGCAAUAAACAGCGUAUUUAUUCUGUGGUAAAUAGUUAUGCAUGAUUCCUAAUUCAAGUCAUUUAAUUUUAGAAAAUAUUAAAACAAAACAUUUUUAAGAAACACUGCUAGUGGUUUAAAAUGGCAAUUAUCUGAGAUGGCAUAUUUUUGCAUAUAUUAUUUACAUAUUUAAUUGAAAUUCAUCACAGUCAAAUAUUUUAUAAGCCUUUUUAAAAAGGGACUCAAUUUAAUUAGUAAUUUCUGUCAGUCUGUUAAAAGUUUACCGAUGGCAUGGAAAUUGAUAUCUGUUUCUGAAUGUUUAUUAAUGGCAAUUAAAAUAUUUGCAUUAAAAGUCAUUUAUUACCCAU